AUGUCGUCAACAGAUAUUCGUACUAAAAAUUAUACGUUUGAAAUUAAAUUCGGUCCCUAUCAUCAAAAGGUGACCAUAACAAUGAAUCCAUUUAAUUUAACUAUGAAUACAUUACGUGAAGUUGCUAUAAGAUUUAUUGAAACAAUGUGUCCGGAUCAGGAUAUAAAAUGUUUGCAGAAUAGAAUAUUAUUAUUUCGAUAUGAACCAUCAUCAUAUUCAAUGAUAAUACCACUUAAUCCACGAGAUAUUCUUGUUCCGGAUACUAUUGUUGAAGUAAUUAUAUCACCGUACAUCAUGAGCGAAUGCACUCGUCUUGUUCCACAUGUACUCAGUUUACAUACGUAUUUAUCACCAACAUUUUGUGAUUUAUGUGGACAAUUUUUAUUUGGUCUUUAUAAACAGGGAAUGAAAUGUGAAGGAUGUAGCCGUAAUUUUCAUAAACGAUGUGUAUCAGAUUUGCCUGAUAAUUGUUCGCCUAUGGCAAGAAAAAUAUCCGAUGUGGCAUGUUCACACGAUGAUGAUGUUGCUAAUGAUAUAAAAAAACGUUUAACAUUAACCGGUGCAGAAUUACCAACAGCAUUACCACAUUGUUUCUAUAUUCAUAGUUAUCGUUCAUUAACAAAAUGUUAUAUAUGUAAACGUUUAUUAAAAGGUCUCGUUAAACAAGGAUACCGGUGUAAAGAUUGUAAAAUGAGUGUUCAUAAAAAAUGUAUACCAAAAGUAACUAAAAACUGUCGAGGAAUGCCAAUACAGAGUACUAGUCAAGAAGACGAUGAUUCAUCACGUGAAACAAAUGAUGAUUUAGCUGUUGUUGGACAAUUACGAGAUUUAUCACCAUCACCAGUAAAUCUUCCUCAAGAUGAAGAAGAUGAAAACGAUAAUGUUCGUAUUGGAAAUGUUCGUGCUCAACGUCUUAUUCAAAGUAUAAAACGUAUAAAAAAAGCUGAUGGUGGUGCUUUAUUUUGGGAAGGUUGGAUGAUUCAUACAACAGAUAAAGAUUUAUUAGCAGAAAAACGUUAUUAUUGGCGUGUUGAUGCUUCAUAUAUAACAAUGUAUCAAAAUGAAACAACAAAUAAAUUUUCACGUGAAUUAGCAUUAGAAAAUGUUGUAUUACAAUUGAAUACAUCGGAAGAAAGAGGAUAUUAUUUUGAAAUAAAAACUGAACAAAAUAUUUAUUAUUGUGGAUGUAAACGAACAAGAAAUCGAAAACAAGAUCUAACACAUUCAUCACAACAUGCAAGAAAUGCAUAUACACAAAUAAGACAAGCAUUAUUAGCAUAUAAUAAUGAUGGAAAUGAAAUCAAAAGUGCAUUUACAAUAGUUUCAUCUCGAUCACAAAAUCGUGAUAUUAAUGAAUUAUAUAAAAUAAAUCCUAUUGAAGUACUUGGUAGUGGACAAUUUGGAACUGUUUAUGGUGGACAUUCAUUAGAAACUUUAGAACAAGUUGCAAUUAAAGUUAUUGAUAAAUCACGUUUUAGUGAACAAGAAGAAAAAAUUCAUCGUGAAGUUGAUAUUUUACAAGAAAUAUCACAUCCAGGCGUUAUUAAAUUACAUGCAAUGUUUGAUACACCUGGAAAAUUUUAUUUAGUUAUGGAAAAAUUACAUUCAGAUAUGCUUGAAAUGAUUUUAUCUCAACCAAUUAAACGUCUUAAUGAAAGACAGACAAAGUUUUUAAUUUAUCAAGUUCUUGUUGCUUUGAGAUAUUUACAUAGUAAAUCAAUAGUACAUUGUGAUUUAAAACCAGAAAAUGUUCUUUUGGCACAAGCACAAGAUUAUCCACAAACAAAAUUAUGCGAUUUUGGUUUUGCAAGAAUUAUUGGAGAAAAAUCAUUUCGACGAUCAAUUGUUGGAACGCCAGCUUAUUUACCUCCAGAAGCAUUAAAACCUGAAAUUCGAUUAGAAAAAGGUUAUAAUCGUUCAUUGGAUAUGUGGUCAUGUGGCGUAAUUAUCUAUGUUUCAUUAAGUGGUACUUUUCCAUUUAAUGAAGAUGAAGAAAUUGAAGACCAAAUUCGUAAUGCAAAUUUUAUGUUUCCAGCAACUCCAUGGAAAGAUAUAUCAAAUGAAGCUAUCGAUCUUAUUUCACAUCAUUUGCUUCAAGUCAACGUUGGACAUCGAUUGGCGGCUGCUAGUGCGUUAAAACAUGCUUUUUUUGAGGACUAUCAAUUAUAUUGUGAUUUACGAAAACUUGAAGAUUCAAGUGUUUAUGAACGUUGGUUAACAAUACCUGAAGAUGAUGAUAAAUGGGAACAGUAUGCAAAAGAAAAUGGUUUUAUUGAAAAAACUACAACUGCAUCAUCAUCAUUAACAUUAACAUUUCCAAAUAAAAAUUUUUUAAAUGUUUAA